AACCGCAAGUUUCCUUCUUCCUUAGCCUCGCCUCAGCGAAAGUAGAAGAACAGAGAAGUAUGGACCCAUCGAAUCAAAUCUCCGAAUUCUCUUCAUUCCCUCCUCUUCCUCUGGAUCCCCUUCAAUACACCAUUUUUGUACCUCAUUCAAACCCUAAUCCUAAUAAUAACCCUCACCCUAGCUCCAACACCAAUUCGAACCCAAUUUCAAACCCUAACCCUAAUCCUAAUCCUGACCCUGUCCCUAACUCUAACCAUAACCCUUAUCCGGACCACUUUCUUUCGCUUUCCAUCCCUAGGAAGAGAAGACGAGGCAGACCUCGCAGCGCCGCGACGUUUACUCCAUCACAGAAUCAGGUGUUUCAAAUUCCUCACACUUCCAACGGUACAAUCAACGGUAACAAUUAUCUUGUUGGUGCUUCUUCUUCUUCAACUUCUUUUUCCAAACUUAGUAUAGAAAACCCUACUUCUUCAACCACCGCUGUUCCUGAUAUAUCUGAUGAAAUCAUUGUUAUCAACAAAGAAGCCACAUCUGAGGCCUUGAUUGCACUUUCGGCUGGUUUUCCGGCUGAUUCCCUCACCGAGGAGGAAAUUGAUGCUGGGGUUCUUUCUAUAAUUGGUGGAAUCGAGCAAGUUAAUUAUAUUCUCAUCCGAAACCACAUUCUAGCGAAAUGGCGGGAGAAUGUGUCAAAUUGGGUUGCAAAAGAGAUGUUUCUUGGUUCAGUACCAUCACAUUGUCACAUUCUUCUGGACUCUGCUUAUAAUUUUUUGGUUACACAUGGAUAUGUUAAUUUCGGGGUUGCACAUGCAAUCAAAGAAAAAAUUCCAACUGAACCCAGUAAGCAGAAUGUGGUUGUGAUAGGGGCAGGGCUUGCAGGAUUGGCUGCAGCCCGACAAUUAAUGCGGUUUGGGUAUAAGGUAACUGUUUUGGAGGGUAGGAAACGAGCAGGUGGAAGGGUUUAUACAAAGAAAAUGGAGGGAGGGAAUAGGACUGCGGCUGCGGAUUUGGGGGGUAGUGUGUUAACUGGUACACAUGGAAACCCGCUUGGGAUUGUGGCCCGGCAAUUGGGCUAUCACCUUCAUAAGGUGAGAGACAAGUGCCCGCUUUAUAGUGUGGAUGGAAAACCUGUUGACCCAGACAUGGAUUUGAAGGUGGAAGCCGAUUUUAAUCGCCUUUUGGAUAAGGCAAGCAAGUUAAGACAGCUAAUGGGGGAGGUUUCAGUGGAUGUCUCACUUGGGGCAGCACUGGAGACUUUUAGACAGGUGUGUGGGGAUGCUGUAAAUGCUGAGGAGAUGAACCUGUUUAAUUGGCAUCUUGCAAAUUUGGAAUAUGCAAAUGCAGGUUUGCUUUCAAAGCUUUCACUUGCAUUCUGGGACCAAGAUGAUCCAUAUGAUAUGGGAGGGGACCAUUGCUUCUUGCCUGGGGGGAAUGGGAGGCUAGUUCAGGUUUUGUCUGAGAAUGUGCCCAUCCUUUAUGAAAAAACUGUGCACACGAUAAGGUAUGGUAGUGAUGGAGUACAGGUGAUUGCUGGGAACCAGGUAUUUGAGGGUGACAUGGCACUAUGUACUGUUCCACUUGGGGUUUUGAAGAGUGGAUCUAUCAAAUUUAUUCCAGAGUUGCCUCAAAGAAAGCUUGAUGGGAUCAAGAGGCUGGGAUUUGGUUUAUUAAAUAAGGUUGCAAUGCUUUUUCCUCAUGUGUUCUGGGGCACAGAUCUUGACACAUUUGGUCAUCUGUCUGAUGAUCCAAGUCGCCGGGGAGAGUUUUUCCUGUUCUACAGCUAUGCAACUGUUGCUGGUGGUCCUCUCUUGAUUGCUUUAGUAGCAGGAGAAGCUGCACAUAAGUUUGAGAGCAUGCCACCUACUGAUGCUGUGACUUGGGUUAUUCAAAUUCUCAGGGGGAUUUACGAACCACAAGGAAUCAAUGUUCCAGAGCCUAUCCAAACCGUCUGUACCAGAUGGGGUAGUGAUCCUUUCAGCCUAGGUUCGUACUCAAAUGUUGCUGUGGGGGCAUCAGGAGAUGACUAUGACAUCUUAGCGGAAAAUGUGGGGGAUGGAAGACUUUUCUUUGCAGGAGAGGCUACUACUAGGCGAUACCCUGCAACUAUGCAUGGAGCCUUUCUUAGUGGGCUAAGGGAAGCUGCAAACAUGGCUCACUAUGCUAAUGCUCGAGUCAUGCGGAUAAAGAUUGAAAGAAGCCCAUCAAAGAAUGCACAUUCUUGUGCUUCCCUUCUGGCAGAUUUAUUCAGGGAGCCUGAUUUAGAGUUUGGGAGCUUUGCUGUUAUUUUUGGGAAGAAAAAUUCUGAUCCCAAGUCAAUGGUAAUUUUAAGGGUGACAUUUACUGGGCCACGAAAAGGUUCAAAACUGGACCAGAAUCAUUCAAAUAAAUUGCUUUUUCAGCAGCUUGAGUCACAUUUUAAUCAUCAGCAGCAGCUUCAUAUUUACACUCUGUUGUCAAGACAACAAGCCCUUGAACUAAGAGAAGUGAGGGGAGGUGAUGACAUGAGGUUGAAUUUCCUCUGUGAAAAGCUUGGAGUGAAACUAGUUGCAAGAAAAGGUUUGGGCCCUUCUGCCGAUUCUGUUAUUGCUUCAAUAAAGGCAGAGAGGGGAAACCGCAAACCAGCUUCAACAUCUUUGGCUCUUAAAUCAGGAAUGAAGCCUAAAGUAGCCGGUUCGAAGCGAAAAGUUGUUAGGAAGGCUAAAGUUGUGAGCAAUGUUGGUGGCUUGAUGCCUCGCAAUUCAAACAUGCGUAAUGGUAACAGCUCAAUACCUCCUUCCAAUUUGAUUGUGCGCAAUGGCAGUGGCUCAACGCCUCCUCCCAAUUUAAACAUGGGCAAUGGGAGUGGCUUGGUGCCUCGUCCCAAUUUAAAUAUGGGCAAUGGCAGUGGCUUGGUGCCUCCUUCUAAUUUAAACAUGACCAGUGGCAGUGGCUUGUUGCCUCCUUCCAAUUUAAGCAUAGGCAAUGGCAGUGGCUUCACUCCUCCUGCCAAUUUAAACAUGGGCAACAAUGGUAGUUCGGUUCCUCCUGAUUUGAACAUUGGCAAUGGUGGUGGCUCAGAACUUCAUCCCCAUUUAGGCUUGGGAAAUGACAGUGGCGUUGUACCUCCUCCCAAUAUAAAUGUGGCAGAGAGUAAGCUGAUGGGACAAAUGUAGGAGCACUUAUCAAGGACCUUCUGACACUUUUUGCUCAUGUAUGAACAGAGGAACGCAUCAUGCACCUUCUGACACUUUCUUCUCAUGGCAUUAAUCUCUGGACAUGGUGAAGUAAUGAGCAGACAGCCUCUUUCAGUUGAGAGAAUGUGGGACAAUGAAUUCUUUUCCUAUUUGGGACCAUAUUUGGGAUUUGUAUCACUUUGGAUUGGAUCAGAGAGAUUGACAAGAGCUCAAGGCUUAGGAAUGGGGAAGUGAGGAAGUGACUGGUUCCCUUCUAUGCCUCUGCUCACCAUUAAUGGGCAUGUUUCUUUAUUCACCUGAAGUACAAUAAACACAGGAAAGUCAGGGAAGUGUACCUGUCACAGAAAGAAAAUAAAUUUGACAGGUACACUUCCUUAACUUUUCGGUGCUUGUCAUUAAUGGGCAUAAUUCUUUAUUCACAUGAAGCACAAGAAGCUCUGGAAAGUCAGGGAUGUGAGCUUGCUAAAAGGGGAGGUAGGGGGGAAAAGCGAAUUGCCGGUGUGCAUGAAGGAAUCCUAAUAUCAUCCCUUCACAUUAUCCUCACCAAGAGACUGCUUUGGAACUAGCCAUGUUGGAGGCUAAGUGGAAGGCCACAAUGCACAAGGAGAUGAUUGCCUUAAAGAAGAACGAAACUUGUUCUGAGGUCCAGAAGCAAAAAUUUAUGUUAGCUGAUGGUCGGUCUGACAGUUUGAAGUGAUGAUCCUACUUGUGUGAGGGGCCAACAUGUCUUAGGAUUCCCACAGCCACCUAUAAGAUGUUCAAAUAAAUCAGAGCUUCUCAAGGCCACAUUCUGUAUCAUACCUCAGUUGAAGACUCUGAGCAAUGCCUGAGCCACCUACAAGCCACCAAGCUGAGCACGGAGGAAUCUGAGGCCUGAUUAUCUGGAUCCAAGUUACUCUCAAUUAUUAGAAUGAGAGUGUGUGGCCUGAUCUUUCCUAGGUCCACCCCUCAUCUCAGCCAAUAUGGAGAACCGACAAAUUUCAAUGGAUUUGUAAGCAUGCAGGAUUGAACUGUUAUAUUUGUCUCAACCAAUACAGAGAAUUGACAAAUUUCCUUGGAUUUAUUAAACUGUAUGAUUGAACUGUUAGUUCAUCACAGAACAUUAAUGAGAAGACAUCUCAAUCCAGCAAAGCUGCUGCAUCAAUUGUGGAGCAUUGCUGCUUAUGGACAUCUUUAUUUCGCUAUUAGGAUCUGUGCUUCACUUUGAAGAGUGUUCAGUCCUUUGAGUAUGACACAACUUGCAUCUCCUGUCUGAAGAUUAGAUGGAUGAUUGGAAGCAUAUGGCAAAUAAUUGAAGAGGGGCUAAUGUUUAAUGAUAUUUCUCUUCAGUUAUGCCUAGUAUUUAUUUACUUUUGGAUGGUAAUUGUACUAUAUGUAUAUUUUCUAUUAAUAAAAGUUUUUCACCCUUCAAAGAA